AUGGCAAUGAUGUUGGGAGAUGUACGGGUGGUAGCAUGUGCAGGGGUCCUCCAGUGACAGCUGAAACCCAAAGUUGAUAUAAGCGAUUGUUCUGUAAAUUGUCAGAAGCGAAGGGACACCAUGGAGCCGCAAGACAUUUAUUACAGUAAAGCGGAGUACGUCGAAACAGCGUCCGGGAACAAGGUCAGCAGGCAGACGGUUCUCUGCGGAUCGCAGAACAUCGUUUUGCAUGGGAAGGUGAUCGUGCAGUCGGACGCGAUCAUCCGUGGCGACCUGGCGAAUGUCCGGACUGGACGUUACUGCAUCAUCAGUAAGAAUGCAAUCAUCAGGCCACCGUUCAAGAAGUUCAGCAGAGGGGUCGCCUUCUUUCCUCUGGUGAUGGGAGACCAUGUCUUUGUCGGAGAGAGAGCCAUAGUGAAUGCUGCAAUGGUCGGUUCAUACAUAUACAUUGGGAAAGACGCCGUGAUAGGAAGGAGGUGCAUCCUAAAGGACUGCUGUUACAUCGAGGACGGCGCAGUGGUACCACCGGAGACCAUAGUACCGUCGUUCACGCGCGUCGCCGGAAAUCCUGCGAGAUACGUCGAGGACCUACCGCACUGCACGCUGGACCUGAUGCUGGACUUCACCAAGAAUUACUAUCAGCACUUUCUGCCGGCUCGCGUUUAACCGUUGCUUCUGUACAUACAUACCUUGUGCUUAGAUUUCUAUUUAUUACAGUUUCUACUUGUUCACUGCAUUUCUUCGAGUCUCUGAUCUAUUUCCAAGCUCUCUUCUACAACGAUAUCCUUCUUCCACGGCCGGUUUCGCCUGUGGAAUAGCAUCAGCAUCUCAAGAAGACUGCUGAAAUUAAUACAUUACCAUUAACAUUACCAUCUGUGCCAGAGCAGUUCCAGUAGCAGCAUAGCUAGACUGAACAACGCUCCAUAACCCAUUGAGACUAUCGCAAAAUAGCACUCUGUCAACCCGAUGCUAAUGAAGCCGGUCUGUCCCUGACACUUGGGUCGCCGCAUGAAGAACCGAUGCUCCUCCCUGAACUUGAGUCCAGUCUCGUGCAUUCGGUGAGCCCUGGAAAUCAUCAGAAUCACAUCACCAGGCGCCUCGACGUGGCAACGAAGAUUCCUCAAGUGUCUUACGCGUUCCUCACGAUUUCUCUGUACGGCGAGUGCUUCUGCAUCACCAUCAGCGGGUCUAUGACGUUCAGAAGAUCGAUCUGCUCGAUGCCACACUUCUCGUCCUCCAAGAACGUCUCCUGCAUCAGCUUGUAGGCGGAUCCCACUUCAGCGUGGAUGGCGAACAGCUCGGUCCUCAUGCGACGCAUGCCCUCUUCCAGGCUCAUCCAGUUGCCCUUGUGGCCCUUCGGCUGAAUCUUCUCCUCCACGAUGGCCUUCCUAACCGGAUCCCGGAAUUGCUGCGCAUUCAUAGCAACAGCUUAAACGUUCCACGCUGAUCCACCGUGACGCCAGGCUUACCGAGAAGUAGUACCGAUUGUAGACAAUGUCCUGCGCCCCGAGCUUCAACGGACUGUUCAGCAGGUCGGCGGGCGUCUUGAUGGUGUCGGCCGUGGACUGCAGCAGGGUGACGAUGUUGGCCGUGUAAGAAGCGUACAGGCUCAGCGCGGUGAUCAGCAGCAUCAAGGUGACGAUGCGAGGAGGGACUCUGUACGGCUCGUAGUAGUAACCUGUUCAACGUGCCGGCGAAGUGGCUUCAGCUUCUCUGUCGCGAGUCCUCUCCGGCGAGAUCUCUCACCUUGUUGGGCCAUAGCUCCAAGCACGACCAUCAGAUUGUCGCUCAGCGUCUGCUGCGCGGGAUUCAACGAUUCCCAAUACGCGGACGUGCCCAGACGGUACUCCCAUUUCGACGACACGUACAGCAGCGCCAGAACCGCCAGCAGAAACACGCCGAUCGCGAUCCAUACCGAUCUUUGGAACGGCAACGCGAAUAUGUUGCUUAUCAUGGACAACAGCGGUUGACGGAAUAUGAAGGCUGACCUGCGUGAUGUUUGGAACAGUUUGGAUCACGGUUCGGUGAAGUUGUGGGACAGCCUUACCGCAUUCUGGAGUACAGCUGCACGUACUCCAGCACGUCCAGUCUUUCCUUGAUGAAGAACAUCCCGGUGCCACCUAUGUCGAUCUCGCCGCGCUGCAGCAGUCCUACCAUUCCGCUCCAGGAGCCGUUCUGGUCUUUGUAUCCCCAAGAGUCCGUCAUGCGGAAGCUGAUGCUGAUAGGAGGAAAUUUAAUUACAUUCCGCUUCUUGCAAAAAGGAACAGAGUAUACAGCGAAUUACAGUUAAUGAUUCUGUUGUAAGCUUCAUCAGUGGAUUAUGGGUAAUGCAAAGCGUCAUUCUUGUAGGUAAAUGACUCAAAUAUCGAACAAUCUGUACAGCAGAAUUUCGUUUCCCAACGGUAAUUCAUUUUAUACCAAAAAUCUGACCUAACAUUAGGUCAAAUUUCAUUGAGACAUGCAUUCUACUUGAUACAGAUUAAGUUUAGGAGCCAUCACGCAUAUAUCUGGCAAUUAACAUCAUGCCAUUUGAAAACUGAUGCUAGAGAUAAACGCGAAGAGGUAAACCGGAUAACCAUUGCAGUUGAUUGCUGCAUUCUAAUAUCUUCAUCAGUAGAUCACGGACACCUAUGCAAAUUCAGUGUACUACGUUAACGGAGGGAGAUAAACAGAAAAAGGCUUACGUCGCAUUCAUUCUCGCCACCAUGGUCAGCAUCCAGGGAUAAUUGGCCUUCGUUAUUGAAUCUAUGUGCUUAUUUUCGUAAUCGGUUAAGUGGUUGAUCGUAUCGGGGUCCGUUAUCUGCGAACGCAAACGCGCACGGUUGAUUUAUCGGCGCCGGAGCCGCGCUCUUAAGUUCACCGUCGAUUCGCCGGACGCGCGACACGAUACGAUCGCGAUCCGAUCGGUUCGGUGUUCUUAUGUAAAACUAGUCGGAAACUUUAGAAAAGGGUUUAUCGCGUCGCGGAUGAAUCAAAUGUAUCUUAUCUCGAUCGCGGUUCCGCGAACGACCCCGCGCGACCGAUCCGUCGCCGCUGAUCGACCGCGCGGCGACCGGUCCCCGAUCGAAUUCGCUCGUUCAUCUUCGCGACGCGGUUUCCAGAUACCACGAGGCAGGAUCUCAGAUGCGUCCCGGCCAGAUCCCUCCUCCGUCGCGAC